GCGUGGCAACAUAGUUAGUGACAGCGAAAAAAAGUUAAUGGAAGCGCUUGAAGUGUAGAGUUUUGCUAAAUAAUUUUCUGUAAAAACAUUUUCAAUUCAUCGCGAUAUUUCGCAAUAAAAUAGUUUUUUUAUUUGUUCAAAGACGCUACAACAUCUAACAAGGACAACUAAAACUUCUACGGCGAUCAGUGUUGGUUUAAAGUGGACGCUUGCAAUUAGUUGAUUGGAGUAGUUGUGUGGGGAAUACCAAAUGUAUUGGUUGCACAUCGAUGGUGGAUUAGGCAUUUCCGCGGUGUAAUUGGUUGGUGCCGCGGUCUUAGUGACUCAUACUCGCGUGUGUACAGUCCGCCGCGGGCCUGUAACCAUGGACACGGACGAUGGAGAGUCCUCGAGCAGUGGGCCUAUGUCCAGCCUCAACAGUCUCUUUUCAUUCACAAGUCCUGCGGUCAAGAAGCUUCUGGGAUGGAAGCAGGGUGAUGAAGAAGAGAAAUGGGCGGAGAAGGCGGUGGACAGUCUGGUGAAGAAGCUGAAGAAGAGGAAGGGGGCUAUAGAGGAACUGGAGCGAGCCCUGUCCUGCCCCGGGACUCCCUCCAAGUGUGUCACUAUACCAAGGUCACUUGAUGGGAGAUUACAGGUAUCCCACCGCAAGGGUCUCCCGCACGUGAUCUACUGCCGCGUGUGGCGCUGGCCCGACCUGCAGAGCCACCACGAGCUGAAGCCACUCGAGAUCUGCCAGUACCCCUUCAGCGCCAAGCAGAAAGAGGUCUGCAUCAACCCAUACCACUACAAGCGAGUGGAGAGCCCGGUGCUCCCACCCGUGUUAGUUCCAAGACACUCUGAGUUCGCUCCGGGACAUUCUCUGCUCCCAUUCCAAAGGACCACUGAGCCGGCCAUGCCUCACAAUGUUUCCUACUCUGGCUCGGGCUUCCCUCCAUCGGCUAGCUCGGAGCUGCCGGACACGCCUCCCCCGGCCUACUCCCCGCCUUCAGAGGACACAGACCUGCCUCCCGGAGAGGUGGCACCAGUUUCCUACCAGGAGCCGCUCUACUGGGCCUCGGUGGCCUACUACGAGCUGAACUGCCGCGUGGGCGAGGUGUUCCACUGCAACUCGCACUCGGUCGUCGUGGACGGGUUCACUGACCCGUCGAACAACAGCGACAGAUUCUGCCUCGGCCAGCUGAGCAACGUGAACAGGAAUUCCACUAUAGAGAAUACGCGUCGCCACAUCGGCAAAGGCGUGCAUUUGUACUACGUGGGCGGGGAGGUGUAUGCUGAGUGUUUGUCGGACGCGGCGAUAUUCGUGCAGAGCCGCAACUGCAAUCACCACCAUGGUUUCCACCCGUCGACGGUCUGCAAGAUCCCGCCGGGCUGCUCGCUCAAGAUAUUCAACAACCGCGAGUUCGCUCAGCUACUGUCGCAGAGCGUGAACCACGGCUUCGAAGCCGUUUACGAGCUGACUAAGAUGUGCACUAUUCGUAUGUCGUUCGUGAAGGGCUGGGGUGCCGAGUACCACCGCCAGGACGUCACGUCCACGCCGUGUUGGAUCGAGAUACACCUCCACGGCCCCCUGCAGUGGCUAGACAAGGUUCUCACUCAGAUGGGCUCCCCACACAACGCCAUCUCCUCGGUAUCUUAGCCGCAACGCCAUAAAACUCUCCCACCGGUUUUCUUAUUGGCUGUCUACAGACUUUCCGUUGCCAUAUCCGUUUUCCCUAUACUUAAUCGGGCUAAUAUCAGACCACAUUGAAUCUACGGUCGAAAUACAAAAUUGGUAGCCUGGUUGAGGGUUAAGUAAAGUUUAAACGUAUCAGAAUAGCUCCAUGAUAUAAAAUUUUUGGACAUGUCUGUAGAAACCAUGAACGUAAUAGCAUUUUAAAAAAUCCGCAUAGCUAUAAUAUUAUUUUCAAUAUAUUCAGCUCAAGUAAGUGUCCAAAUUGCAAAAUGAAGACGUUUUUAAGUGUAAUUAUUCUUAUAAUUAAAGACAUAAUUUGUAAGGAAAUUAUUAUACUCGUAAUUGUUUAUGACAAGCUAAAGAUAUUAAUGUAAUUCGAUAUAAAAUUAUAUUAGUUAUUUUUGUGAACGUGGCUAGUUUUAUGUAUAUCGUUCACAUUUAGGGGGGAAAUUGGGUACUGUAUGCUUUUGUUUUUAUAUUUUUAUUAAUUUUAUAGUAAAUGCCAUUUGCAGCACAAAAUCUAUCUUUGUUAGGUUUUAAGAGUAAGCGACAAGGUAAAUGAUGUUAUUCGAUUUAGUUAGAAUAUUAAAUCGGUACAAUAAUAGUAUAUCUUUUUUUAAAUCUAUACUCACGCCGGAUGUGUGGCCUUUUGUAAUUGAAAUCUAAAGUUAAGUUUGAUGAAAUGUAAUAUAAAACCAUUACCGAGGUCAGAGUACUAAAGAUCUCCCGAUCUUUUAAAGAUCUCCAAAAACUUAUCUAUCUUAACAUUUGCGCCAAUCCAUGUCGCAUAUCAUCUGCAAUAUAUGUCAUUUUGCCCUCUAAUUAAAGUUGUACAGUUCCGUCAAACAACUUCAUAGUUCUGAAGUUGGCAGCGGUUACACUUGUACCUUGCCAACCUACCCACCUAUUGCGGCCCCUAGACGAUCAAUUAUAUUGCGCAAUAUUGUCAAUUUUGCAAUAUAAUUCUUCGUCUAGGGUUAAUAUUCAAGAUUGCGCAAUCGUCAUUUGGAUUCAAAACUUAUUGCACAAUAAAUAUAUUGUACAUUAUUAUUGUAGGUCUAGGGUCCGCCUAAAAGAUGGUCAAUUAUUUUGACAAAGUACAAAAAACGACGCUGCCAACUUCAGAACUAUCAAGUUGUUGAACCAAACUGUAGAAGUGCCUCAACUUUUAAAAAUGCCGGUAUUCCACAUGCAAUACGGCGCCCCUAGCGGUCACUAUGAUAAAACAGAUGAUAUAUGCAGUUUAGCGAAAGAAAAUAAAAAAACCUAUAGCAAGAUUAUUAAGUACCGAAAGCGGUUAUUUUACUGCAAAAAUGGUAUGGCUAUAGUCUGUAAGAUCAUGAAGAAUGUUCUGUAUAGCCACAUUUCCGUAUAAAAAUAGUUUUUAAGGGUGUAUGUGUUUUUUAUAGGCCUUAAAGUGUACAAAACGUAAAAUAAUCUAUUUGUAAAAAAAAACUGUGCCAUUACUAACAUGUACACAGAGUCAAAAAAGUCUUAAAAAUUACGUUUAUUUUAUGCAUUUUGUUUAUAUUUUUACGGACACGACGGUAGUUUAAAAACUUGUUGUAAUUCGGCUGAUAGAGAAAUUGAGAUGUGUAAAAUGAAUAAAAUAUUGAAACGGGACAAAUAGUUUACAGGAAAGAAAAUUGAUCUCAGAAUAAUGUAAAUUUCUCUAGUUCCUUAAAAUGAAAAAUGUAACUUUGUCCCGCGCCUUAACACAGUGUGCAAUUGUUCAGAUUAUAUGUAACAUGUUGCCUUAACUAUAUUAUAUAAAAUAUACUUUUAUAUAUUGUCAUCGAUUAUACUAUAUUUCGCUUGUGCAUGAUAUUAUAUACCCAACCAAAAAUAUCUUAAUGGUAUUUCCACCAUAAGAAGUUUAUAUUUAAAUGUUAUAAACCUAAUAAAAUCGCGUCGCUGUUUUAAAUGAAUAUAUUAUUAGUUCAAAGAGUGCCUAAACAAAAAUCAAUCACCGUCCUAGAUUUGCCAUUAAAAGUACAUUUUUGUAAUGUAUUCCCAUGUUGUAUUAUGUAUACAAAAUGACAUAAUUUAUAUUAUAUUCUAUGGUCAUUCGAGAUAUGAAUAUGAACAUAAACAUUAAUACCAUUUAACCCAAUUGUUACGACUUGACUUACUAUAAUAUUUAGUUACGGAUUUAUAUACUUUAACUAUUUGUUUUUUAAGUGCAUUUUACAAUAUGACUAAAGAAACAUUGAUAUGACAUAAUUAAUUAACUAUAUAGUAGCUUAUAUACAAAUAUGUAAUAACAUAUUGCAAAAAUGUAGUAUAUUGUUAUCACCGAGGGGCAGUCAAAAUAGAGGGCUCACAUAGGUAUGUACAUAAGGUACAUUGCAUAAAAUAUUAGCAAAUGGCCCACUCUGUAUUGAUAAAAUGACUAUUUAAUAUAAUACGUCAAGAACUCAUUAUUAAUUGUGUCUUAAUAACACCAUCAAUGCCUUAAGUUGUAAUCGUAUUUUUGCUAAUCAUAAUAAAUAUUAAAGUUGAAUUUUAUGACUAUAUGAUACACAUUAAUUUGAUGUUAGUGUAGGUAGAGUUUGUUGUGGAUAUUUCGUGGCUAUUUUUAUGAGACAAGGGUGGGUAUAUAUUUUGCUACAAGAGAACUAAAUGGUUACUCGCAAAAAUAGCCACCGUGUCAUAGCAAUAUGCAUUUUAUUUCAAAAUAUACUGUGAAUAUUAAUAUUGUAUGAAAAUCUAAUUGAGCUGUCCAGAGUAUGGUUGUAAAAGCAACUUUCUGUCACCGUUUGUAAGUUGCAAAUAGAUUGUGCAUAAUUACAUAACUAGAGCUGCAUAUUAUUAUGGAGUUGUAUAAUUAUGUGAAAUAGUAAAGAAAUGUAAAUAUUCGAGUGAAUUGCCCAGGGGUGGUGUAUGUACCUACUGCGUGAAAUUGUGUUUUUCGUGUACUAAGUGUUGGAUUUGAUAGCGUUUUGAAAUUAACGAAUCGGUGCCAUUUUGUUUUUUGUUGUUUAAAAUAAACUGAAAUUUUUGGAAAGAUUAUGGACGGAGUAGAAAGGUAACUGUUUAUUUGAUCAGACUUUUUCAGUUAGAAAAUAUAUUUUGUAAUAAAAACCAAUAUUAUGUCCUGUUGCCGUUAAUAUUAUGUUAUUAUAAUUUGUAUUGAAUAUUGGGGUGAGGUUUAUCAAAUCCGAUGUUUUCAGUCAUGUUUGAGAUAUGUGUUGUAUCGUCGUGUAUUAUGGCUUUAAAUUUCAUUUAAGCGUGGGCUAUAAACAUAUUUUCAUGGAAAAAUACAUAGUUACUAACCGUGCAUGUGCUUUUGAUAGCAUAUUUACUGUGAUUAUUUCGGCAAAAUUAAUAUAAAAAUACUUAAUUAUGAUUCAUAAAGAUUUGGAUUACUUUUAUAUAUGGAUUGAAAAGUUAUCUAGGUAUUUAAAAGACCCCAUAAAAUCAUUUAAAAUCCAUCUAAGGAAACAAUAAAAUUACCUAGCCUUAUUACAAGUAAAGUUAGCAUUAAGUGUAGAUGCCAUGAUUCAUGUAACAUUAUGAUUUUUCCCUCCUUAUUAGCGAUUAAUAAAGUUUCUUUAAUUGA